AGCUGCGCUUGCCUCUGCUAGACACUCACGAGGUGAGAUGCCUCCUGGAGGCAGAGCUGCUCGUUGGAAUGAGAAGCGAAGGUUGCGGCGUGCUACAGAGACUGAUGAAGAGCGGGAAGAACGUCUGGCCAAGCAACGUGCUCAGUAUGCGGCUCGGCGACAACGUUCUAUCACUGGAGAAGAGAGUGCUUCCACUAGUUUCGCCAGUGAGUCUGACAGUACUUCUACUAGUUCGGAGCGCUGGAAUGCUACCAAACGAAUGAGACGUGCCCGUGAAACUUCUGAAGAGCGACGGCAACGACUUGAGAAAGAACGGCCAAUCCGAGAAAGGCAAAACGAGAAGCGGAGGAAACGACGUGCCGAAGAGGCGGGUAGCCGUCUACAAUUCAGCGAGGCAGUUGCAGAAGAAAGUCGUGCGGAACAUGCCAGAAGAGUGGGCGAAUUCGAGUCUGCAACGCGCCUCACAAAUGCAAUGAGCCUUGGCGAAUGCAUCACUGUUGCCGUAGUGGAAUGCCAGACCCCUUUCAAUGUCAUCGGUCAGGUCAAGGUUAGCACGCAGUGCAGCGUGCCUCUGGCUGACAAGUCUGUGGGGUGCUUCUUCAAAGCAGGGAGCGUGUCAAGGAGCGUGCAGACUACAGAGACUGUGGAUGAGUCGAUCUCUACCUCAACGUCAAGGCCUUCUAUUUCUCCAUCAAAGGCUGAGGGUGACAACGUGCACGAAGGACGCCUCCACCACUGUCACCUCUGUGAUUAUCAAACCAAACACCUGUGGUGUAUUAAAGUACACACCAGGAUCCACACUGGCGAGCGUCCAUUUGAAUGCCAUUUGUGCCCUAAGGCUUUCGCACAGAGGAUCACCCUAAAUAGGCACCUGCGUGUCCACACGGGUGAGCGGCCGUUUCGAUGCUCGUCAUGCCCCCAGAGAUUUUCCGAUAGGUCCACCAUGAAGCAACACCUGCGCACCCACACAGGGGAGAGGCCAUUUAAGUGCCCUUCUUGCCCUCGGAGUUUCUCAAAAAAGAACAACCUGAACACGCACCUGCGCAUCCACACACAGGAGAAGCUAUUUCAGUGCCCUUCAUGCCCUCAGAGCUUCUUGCAUAAGUCCAGCAUGCAAUCACACUUGCUCAUUCAUACAGGUGAUCAACCAUACCGAUGCACCGUCUGCUCCAUGUCCUUUCGGCGGGUUGGUUGCUUGAGAAGACAUAAAAGAAAGCAUAAUGAUACCAUAGUUCAACUGCCAUGUUGAACUAGAGUCUCUGUUACAAAUCUAAAUACGUGUGUAGCAUGCUUCAUGCUGUUUUGUACGUGAGUUAGCACAAAUGUCACCAUAGGCUCUUUUAUGUUGAACUAUGUCGUUUCACAUAAGGUUCCAGCCUAGUCUAGGAAAUUGCAGGGACACUUGUAGUAAUAAGAUUGUGGUACAUCACAAUGGCCAUAUUCAUUUUAUAUUCCUUCAUAUAAACACAACACAGAAAUGCUCAUAUCUCAGUUAUACCUUCAAAAGACUCAGUGUGUGUAAUAAUAUAGUAUACCCACACAUGAUAAAUUCUGAUCAUUAAGAUGUCUCAAGCAAGUAUAUCGGUGUUCUAAAUAUUCUGCUGCCUAUUUGAAGUUAUGGACAUAAGAUGGAAACAGAUGAUCAAGCCGGUGAUCAUAGAGGAAAAUAAUUAUUUUGUUUAAUUGAAAUAAGCAAAAGGGAAAGGAAAAAAAACUUUCCGUAGGUGGGACUUCAUCUUGCACAUUCAAUGUUCAGUGCUUUACUAAUUAGGGUGUUUGGUUAAUAAUGGGUGAGACCUCUGGGCAAAUAAACCGUCCUCUCCUUAUUUGUGUAUCUGAACAAUACAUCUUAGCCAGUGUGCAACUGAUGGCCAUGGCAGUGGAUAUGGAACAUCCUUAUAUCCCAUCUAGGGUUAUAAGGAUAUAGCAUGAUUUUUGCAGCACAGAGCAUGCCAGAGCACAGAGUGGAAGGAAGGAGAAAUAAAAAUGCCAUUCUGCUAUUACUAUCAACAUAAAAACUAUUUUAACCUUCUUGUGAUUUAUGCUCAGUGGCUAUGGUGUUGGGCUGCUGAGCACGAGGUCGCGGGAUCGAAUCCCGGCCACGGCGGCCGCAUUUCGAUGGGGGCGAAAUGUGAAAACACCCGUGUGCUUAGAUUUAGGUGCACGUUAAAGAACCCCAGGUGGUCAAAAUUUCCGGAGUCCUCCACUACGGCGUGCCUCAUAAUCAGAAAGUGGUUUUGGCACGUAAAACCCCAAAUA